AUGCAAGCAGCCGGACUUUCUGAGACCCUGGAGGGCACGGCGGUGCUCUUCAAUGAGAACCUGCCUCACUUGGCAUCGACACUGGAAUCUAGCUUGCUGGAGCAUAUUGCAGUCGGCACGCACGGCCAGGUUUGCUGGUCGGACGGCACUAUCGGCUCAGAUGAGCUGCGUGCUGCGCACGCAGAGGUGACCGCAGCGCUGGAAGAAGCCAGGUGGGACAUCGAAGCACAGCGAGUACUGGAGGUCCCAGGGCUGCGGGAGAUCUAUCAGAACUACGCGCUCUACGUGGUGUCUUGCCCCCAAGCGGUGCUGCAGGCGACCAUCGCAAAGCUCGAAGGUUUGCUUCAGCAUCUCCGACAGAUUUGCAACACCACGGAGCUGGUCCGGCACUGCCAGCUGAACACGCCCUUCAUGUUUGACGUGUUUAUCUACUAUUUGCUACUGAAGUAUGGACUCGUUGAUGCCUACAAGAGCCUGGGAAAUGUCACCAGCCAGGUGGUCUUCCGCGGAUGGCCGAUCGAGGAACAGGAGCAGCGAGUGUGGUUUCUCUUCGGGGCCCUUUGGAGAGUGAUUUGGCCAACCAGGGAUUAUUGUGCUUGUGUAGAAGCUUAUGACUACUACACCACGUUACACGCUCUUUUCGACGGCUCCUUGCACAUAGGCCGUGGAGAUCUUCAUGAGCGGAUGUUGCGGCCCUCCAGUGAGGCACGGCGGAUCAUCGAGGCCGCUUCAUACUGCGAGGAGUGGUUGGAAAAGGACUUCCAGCGGAUCUUCUCUAGCUAUGCCAAGUUCUCGGCCUGCUUGCCAGGUGCGCUGAUGGAAAACAUCAUUUGCCUUCAAAGAUGGCUGUUGGCUGGCAAGGUCGUCGGCAGCCUCAAUACCGCUGAGAUGAUGGUGAAGCUUCUGACCUUGAGCGACACCUGCCUGGAAGACACGCGGUGGCCGUUCAGUAAGGCAGACAUUGAGUACAACUUCGUGCGUUUGGCAGUCCAUUGGCGCACUGGGAACGUCAAUUGCCAGGCAAUGGACCGCUUUGGCCAACGGCUCCAGAGUGAAGGCUGCCCCGAUGUGCUCGAUGCCACAGCACUGCGGUCGCUGCUGUGGUCUCCGUCACCUUUGCAGCAACAAGGGCAGCCACGGCAGGUGCAGUGCACAGCCCAGUUCCAUCACGCCUGCAUCGUGAAGGGCGUCGUCACUGUCCGUAAGCCUUCCGAUGGCGAGAUUCCUCUCCCGGAGCAGCUGCAGACAUGUUCGGAGACGGGGCGCAACAGGUUUCAUCUUGCUAUGAGGGAGGAUCUCGGCGACCUUUGGCCAAGUGCAGCGGAAGAGGAGGCCCUGGCAAGGCAAACCAUCGGCUUUGUCUUAAAUCUCCCCGAGAACGGAGACAACAUUUGGCACAACCUCCACUGGAUCGUGCCAGCGGCUGCCAGGCUCAACGGCCCUCGCGCUCACGAAAGCCUCGGUGACAAGGCUCAGCGGGACGUCCUCCUGAUCCUCCUUUUCGACGCAUACCUUUUUCGCGAAGACACGGACUUCGAGACCGCUUCUGAGAUGCCCAAGGUGGAUGAGCAGCAGGACGUGCAGAAACGGUUUGAGCUUUGGGUCAUCAGGCAUGCGCCCUUCCUGCAGCUGCUCACAACGGCACCUCCCGUCAUGCUUCACACCAUGCGGCAGCGCUGCUUUGGUCAGUUGCUUUGGGGCCACGCCGAGAUGCGGGCCGAUCGAGAGCUCCGCCACAGCAACGCAGUCGGUCGCGAGGAGGUCACAUCAUUCAAGGAGGCCUUGAGCCGCCAUCAUGGCUUCGAAAUGGAUGGAUUGGCACAUGCCUUCUGGCGCCGCCCUCUCCUUCCUGGGGCUUUGGGCUCGAAACCCGAAGCCGGCGGCCACAUUGCCGUCAUCGUGAUCCAGCGCGCCUUUGCCCACGGGCGAUCUUUUCUUGAUCUACCGAAGCUCACCGCAAAGGCUUUGGAUCCACUGGCGGUCUCGGACGAAAUAGCAUGGAGAGUUCUGGACGACCUGGAACAGCGACCCUUGCUCCAGCAGGCUGCACUCUUCCGGAGUGCCGACGUCGUGGUCGGCGCAGUCGGGGCAGCCCUUGCCUGGUGCCAAAGCGGCAAGGAAGGUGACUUGUGA